CUCGGGUUCUGCGACAUCCCGUGGCCGACGUUCGCGAGGCCGCGGUCGCUGGACGACAUCACGACCGCAAAGGUGACGCGGUUCGUGCUCUCGCCGCUGCAGCCCGGGGAGACGCGCAGGGAGAAGGUCCGGAACGCUUUGCGGCGGUGGCACCCGGAUCGGUUCGGUCGGGUACUUGCGCGAGUCGACGAAGAGGACCGCGAGAUGGUGGAGGAGGGCGUUGGCAUCGUUGUGCGGUGUCUCAACAGCCUUCUAGAGCGG